CUGGGCAUCCCAUUUGCUAACCUCCGCUCAACUGGGACCUUCCUGGUUAGCCAGGACUACUGGUACAUGAUGGAGUGGCUUGGCAAAAUAAAAUUUGCUGUAAUGGGGCUGUACAACUUAGCUUUGGAUGAUGAGGCCUUUAAUUUGCAUAACAGCAACAGUCCUCAUGAUGAGAGAGAUAUAAACCGAAACUUUGAGAAGGACAUUCCACAGGAGAAUGGCAAUGCUUCAAUUACAUCUCAACAGAUCAUUCAGUCUCCAGCUUUCCCUCAUGCAGGUGUUCUUUCAAGCUCACUUGAGGCAGAGCAUAGGUUGUUAAAGGAGAUGGGCUGGCGGGAGGACAGUGAAAAUGACGAAACAUGUGCUCCGCUAACAGAGGAUGAGAUGAGGGAGUUCCGAGUGAUUAGUGAACAGUUACAAAAAAAUGGCCUUCGGAGAAAUGGCAUUUUGAAAAAUGGCCUCUUCUGUAAUUUUAAAUUUGGCCCCUGGAAAAACAGCACUUUCAAACCUGCUCUGGAGAACGAGGAUUCUGAGACGAGCAGCAGUGAUACAUCAGAUGAUGAUGAUGUGUGAAGACUUCUCUAACACCUGUAGAAGCCUGUUGUGAUCUCAUGAAAAUUUGGGGAUGUUGUCCAAAAGAUUUUCUAAUUUGUGUAAUAACAUACCCACUAGAGUAAGAAUGAUGGGACUUUUUUGUGACAAGAGCAGGGGAAGUUGUGUUGGGUGUGUUGAAAACUGUUAUAAUUUCUUUGUAAACGAACGUUGUAGGAUGAGGGCGUGGCUUGACCCAGCAUUGACUUUCUUCUUCACUGAAGCAUUUCUGACUAGCAAUGUGACAAUGUAACAAAUCAGACUUUGACAUUUAAUAAU